AUGUUGUCUAAUGGAAACUGCGCCCGGUGCCGCAACCACGGCGUGGUGUCGGCGCUCAAGGGCCACAAGCGCUACUGCCGCUGGAAGGACUGCCUGUGCGCCAAGUGCACGCUGAUCGCCGAGCGCCAGCGGGUCAUGGCCGCCCAGGUGGCGCUGCGCCGGCAACAAGCGCAGGAGGAGAACGAGGCCCGCGAGCUGCAGCUGCUCUAUGGCACGGCCGAGGGGCUGGCCCUGGCCGCCGCCAACGGGAUCAUCCCGCCCCGGCCCGCCUACGAAGUCUUCGGCUCGGUGUGCACCGCGGAUGGAGGCUCGGGGGGUUCAGAAGUCAAGCUGCAGAAAUUCGACCUGUUCCCCAAGACGCUGCUCUCCAACCGGGCCGUGACCCCUCAACAGGCCAAGCCCUUGUCGCCGGAGGGAGCGGACGGCGCCCCGGGCACCUCGUCCCCAGAGCCCACCCGCCACGCCUGCGGCUCGGGCUCCGAGAACGGCGACGGCGAAUCUUCCCUCAGCUCGCCCGUCUCGAAGGGCGCCAAGGACGAUCCGCCGCCGCCGCUGCCGCCGCUGCCGCAGCCGCUGCGGCCGCCGCCGGGGCGCACAAGGAGCAGGGCUACCCGAACGGGCUCUAUGGGCCCCUGGUGA